AUGGCAUUAGCAAUGAAAAAACGGAAUAACGUGAGGCUGCCUCCAGAAGUCAAUCGCGUACUAUAUGUUCGUAAUCUUCCGUACAAAAUCACUUCCGACGAAAUGUAUGACAUUUUUGGAAAAUACGGUGCUAUCCGUCAAAUUCGGAUUGGUAAUACUCGGGGUACGGCUUUCGUGGUGUAUGAGGAUAUUUUGGACGCAAAAAACGCUUGUGACCACCUUUCCGGAUUAAACGUGUGUAAUCGGUACUUGGUAGUUCUGUACUACCAGUCGACGAAAGCUUUCAAGAGGCUGGAUGUAGACAAAAAACAAAAAGAAUUAGAUCGGAUGAAGGCAAAAUACAACAUAAAUUUUGAUGAGUAUUUGAUCUGUACGCUCCGGAAUAUCAGCUUAACGUGCGAACAUCGCGGAAACCGGCUAUCCGAUGCCGCCCCAAGCUGCGCCCAGCUGAGUCCUUUACCAUAUGAAGCUGUCAGCUUUGUGAAAAUUUAA